AUGAGUACUAGUUUUUUUUCUUUUUGGGGACUGAUUCUUCGGAGAUUCUUUUCUAGUCGUGAAGAUGGAACUAGAAAAGAAUCUUCUAACGUCCUAUUAGUUAGAACUGUAGUUCUUCGCGAGGGCUUAGGGCUUAGAACCAAUGGGCUUAGGGAGAAACUUAGCCCCAUCAGGGUUCUAACUAUUAGUAGAACUAGUUAGUUCUUUUCUAGUCGUUAGAAGAUUCUUUUCUAGUGUAGUAAAAACUAGUGUAAAUAGUUAGAAGAUUCUUUUCUAGUCGUUAGAAGAUUUUUCUUUUCUACAAAAAAGGUAACGGCUAUUCCAAGUUGACCGAUUUUGGGUUCGCGAAAAUAGUAGAACCGGGAAGCAGGACCUACACUCUGUGCGGUACUCCGGAAUACAUAGCGCCAGAAGUUUUGCUGAACAAGGGACACAGCAAGCCAGUGGACUGGUGGACACUUGGUACGUCUACUAAGUAUGAAUCGUGAGGGUUUUUGAUACUCGCAAUCAACACAUGAAGAAAAAACCUCUAACUAAUGUCAGUAGUAGUGUCUUCUAAACCCCUGGAGUGGGUACAUUCAUUCAUUCAUUCAAUGACUUAUAUGGGCGGGUUUAGAAGACUUACUACAACUAUGUACUUAUGUACUACCUACAUUAAUACUAAGUACUAUUACUACAACAAUUAGAAUUACUUAUAUAGAGGCAAUGCCAUAUUUGUAUGAGGUUACUCGCUACUACGUACAUCAUGACGGUUAGUACUCUCAAUCAACUAGCUGUGACAAUUGCGGAAGGUAACUGUUUGGUAUUUUUGAUCAUGUUGAGACGUACAACCACUACCGCACUCCCAACUGGCUGAGAUGUUGAAUACUCCACUUAUUCACAAUACUCCCAUUCCCAAUACUCGCAUUCCCAAUAGUCCCAUUCCCAAUACUCCCAUUCCCAAUACUCCCAUUCCCAAUACUCCCAUUCCCAAUACUCCCAUUCCCAAUACUCCCAUUCCCAAUACUCCCAUUCCCAAUACUCCCAUUCCCAAUACUCCCAUUCCCAAUACUCCCAUUCCCAAUACUCCCAUUCCCAAUACUCGCAUUCCGAAUACUCCCAUUAUUCACAAUACUCGCAUUCCGAAUACUCCCAUUAUUCACAACACUCCCAUUCCCAAUACUCUCAUUCCCAAUACUCCCAUUCCCAAUACUCCCAUUCCCAAUACUCCCAUUCCCAAUACUCCCAUUGCACUUUCUGCUCGGAUCGGCAACAGGUAUCCUCAUAUACGAAAUGGUUGUCGGACAGCCGCCAUUCUGCGACGAAGACCCGAUGAACAUUUAUCAGAGAAUCCUUGCAGGAAAGAUCUUCUUUACAAAGUAUUUUGUUUGUGUAUUUGAUUUUAGGCGACAGUUGUUACAAAGUAUUUUGGUUGCUACAAUAUUAAGAUUAGAACAAUAUGAUGACCGGUAGGACGGCUCUCCAACGGAGGCACUGUCAGACUUGGUGGCCUCACAAGUAGACACUAAUAGCGACACAAGAGGCAGCAUGAAAUGAACAGCCUUCGCGAUGUAAAAUGCUUACCGUUUGAGGCGGCCCACGUGGCUCUGUGUAAGAUUUGCUUCAAACUUGAUAAGCGACCGUUCGACCUGAAGUACAUGACCAUGACCAAUGUGCUUCUUCAGCGAAACUAUUGUGUCUUCAUUGAAUCUUUUCAGGACUAGUUUCGGUUCCUCUUGAAUAGAACUCCUUAUCCUCCGCCGCAAAAUAGGACCUUCGAUAAGAACUGCCGCGGCUUGGUCAAGAAGCUGCUCACAGCGGACCUGAGUAAGCGAUACGUUAUGGCUGAACAAUAUCAAAAGGACUGAAGAAAAUGGAGCUCAGAAAAAUCUUUCGCUCUAGACCUCUUGUUUCUGGUAGAAAAUUGACUUUCGACACUCAUAGUACGACUUUUUAACUGUCCUAUCGAGCUGGUUUUCCACAACUUCCGUGCUCCUCCUCCUCCCGCUUCUAAAAAGCGCAACCUGGUGAAAGGAAGUCAAGACAUCUUCCAGCACAAAUGGUACGCAGACAUGGACUGGAAUAAGUUGAAGACGUACGAGUUGGAAGCGCCGUUUUUUCCGCCGCAAAGCAGUACUUGGAUUUAAAGUUUGAUAUUUAAAAGUCAGGGAUACUAUUCUUAACACCGUCAUUUACAUUGCAAAAAUGUCACGGAGGACAGUAGAAACAAUUGAUUGAAGAAGCCCGUUCCAUCCAUGUCUUCAGAUUAUGACUGAUUGAUUGAAUUAAGCUGAUUGAUUGUAUUUAGACAUGGACUGGAAGCGGCGUUUUUUCCACUGACUGAGCAAGAACAUCGUGAAACACUUUCGUUUUUUCAACUUCUUUCCGCCAGAUGAAAUGGACAUGAGCAACUACGAGCAGAUCCCGGAUAGUUUGGAGCUUCCACCACCGGUUGCAGGUUCCGGGGAUCCGUUCGCGAACUGGUAA